UCCGCAUUUUCGGACCCCUAAUAUACAAAUUGAAAAUCCGAGAAUUAUCGGAACUUUAGUAUGAACACUAGAGAUCCGAAUUUUCGGACCUCUAUCCACUGCCUUAAAUUUUACCCAAGGCAAUCUAAUCUGAACGGCCAAUGCGCGCUCGGGUGACACCAGACGUUCAUCGGAACACGCCCCGAUGAGAACGCUGCCUCCUACGGCAAGGAUAUUAUUAUGGAGAUGGAAAAGGAUAUUCCGUUUUUUUUUUCAGGACAUUUUUUAUAUUUCAUGACGUCUUAAAAUCCUUUCAAUCAGUCCUUUCAUUGGUCGUGUUCUAAUGGAAGUUGGCUUUUUUCCAAUGGGUGUGGCUGUUCGUUCGUGAAUCGUGGUCCUUGACCUCGCCGAAAUCGCCACAUCAUGGGCCUACUCUCCUAACCUAAAAAUAUUAUUAUUUUUGUGUAGAAAAAUCUUAAAAUCAUCUACACUACACUAACAGUAAUCAAUGCAAUGCAUUUAUUUAGAAGUACUUCUUUGUAUAAAUUGAUGAGCAGCACUUUAAAUUUACAAUCUGCUGUGCUGGUUAGGAGACAUUCCCUUGAGCCAUUGUAUAGUACCAUGUCUUUUAAUUAUCCAAAGCCCCCAAGAAGUGAAACAUGCAAGGAAAACUUCUUUGGGACAGAGGUCUCGGAUCCAUACAGAUGGCUAGAAGACCCAGAUUCAGAUGAAACUCGGAGCUUUGUUAAUGCACAAAACUUGAUUACUCGUCCAUUUCUGGAUAGUUGCCCCUAUAAAGAAUCUAUUAAAAGUAGGAUAACAAAUUUAUGGAAUUAUCCUAAACACUCGGCCCCUACCAAACAUGGAAAUAAAUAUUAUCAGUAUCGAAAUACAGGAAUACAAAAUCAGAGCGUUCUCUUCGUCCAGAAUACAUUAUUUGAUAAAGGAGAAAUAUUUUUGGAUCCCAAUGCAUUUUCAGAAGACGGUACAGUUGCCUUAUCAGCAACUUGUUUCUCAGAGGAUGGAAAUACAUUUGCUUAUGGUUUAAGCUCUAGUGGCUCUGACUGGGUUGAAAUUAGAUUCAAAAAUGUUAUAACUGGUGAAGAUUAUUCUGAAAUUUUAAAAAAGAUCAAAUAUUCCUCUAUGUCAUGGAUGCAUGAUAAUAAAGGCUUUUUUUAUGGGGGAUAUUUAAACCAAGUAGGAAAAGCUGAUGGGUCGGAAACCACAUCCAGUGAAAAUCAGAGACUUUAUUAUCAUGAGUUGGGAACAGAUCAAUCUCAAGAUGUAGAAGUUGUUGAAUUUGAAGAUAAAGAACUGAGAAUGGGAGGGCAUGUAAGUCACUGCGGCGAGUAUCUUAUAGUUACCCCAAUUAAAGGAUGCAAAAAUAAUCUGGUUUAUUUUGCAAGGAUAGAUCCGAAUAAAACAAUUACAAAAAAAUUGGAACUUACACCUGUUGUUACAAACUUUGAAGCUGAUUAUGAGUAUGUGACCAACAUAGGAAGCAAAUUUUUAUUCCGUACCAAUAAAGAUGCCUUGAAUUAUAAAAUAGUUGCCAUAGAUUUUAAUAAUCCGGUAGAAUCUGAAUGGGAAGAUCUUAUCGAAGAAAAUCCAAAAGAUGUUCUAGAUUAUAUUCAUGUUAUAAACAAUACCAUGCUUGUCGUUUGUUACUUGAAAGAUGUUAAACACACCAUGCACAUUUUCGACCUUAAAACAGGCAUAAAACUACAUGACUUCAAAUUGGAUAUGGGCACAAUUUAUGCAAUCACAGGCAAAAGAUACUACAACGAAAUGUUUUAUAGUUUUGGCUCUUUUUUGACUCCAAAUAAAAUUUAUAGGGUUGAGUUUACUGAUGGGCAAAUAAAAGAGGAGUUAUAUCAUGAAACCAAAGUAGGAAAUUUGGAUUCUUCCAUGUUUGAGACAAAACAAGUGUUUUAUAAAAGCAGAGAUGGGACUGAUAUUCCAAUGUUUAUUAUCAAUAAAAAGGGCAUUGUGAGAGAUGGCUCCAUGCCAUGUUUGCUUUAUGGAUAUGGUGGUUUUAAUGUCAAUUUAACGCCAUCAUUUGGAGUUUCAAGAUUAGUUUUUGUUAAUAAUUUUAAUGGAAUUUAUGCAUUAGCUAAUAUACGUGGAGGCGGAGAAUAUGGUGAUAAAUGGCACAACGGCGGUCGUUUUGAGAACAAACAAAACUGUUUUGAUGACUUUCAACAUGCAGCAAAAUAUCUCAUAGAGGAAAAGUAUACAAGAGCUGAUAAACUAACAAUUCAAGGAGGUUCAAAUGGCGGUCUCCUAAUUGCAGCCUGCAUCAAUCAAGCUCCAGAGCUGUUUGGUGCUGCCAUAUGUCAGGUUGGGGUAUUGGAUAUGCUGAGGUAUCAUAAAUUUACCAUUGGCUAUGCUUGGAAGACUGAUUAUGGUUGUUCAGAAGAAGAGGAACAAUUUAAAUAUCUUUAUAAAUAUUCUCCACUCCAUAAUAUUACUAUACCCAAAGAUGGUGUGCAGUAUCCAGCAACAUUACUAUUGACAGCUGACCAUGAUGAUCGAGUAGUGCCUUUGCAUUCAUUGAAAUUUAUUGCAGAGUUGCAAACCAAAAUUGGUAGUUUCCCUCAACAAAAAAAUCCUUUGAUGAUAAGAAUUGAAACUAAGGCUGGUCAUGGAGCUGGAAAGCCAAUAGCAAAAAUUAUCGAUGAAGAAACUGAAGUUUUCUGCUUCAUUUCCAAAGCACUGGAUUUGCCAUUUUCGGAAUAAGUAAAUGGCUAAGCUCAAAAUGUUUUGCACAUACAGAUAUCAAUUUAUCUAGGUGCAUUUAAAUGCGUUUGUUUUUUUUUUAAUAAGUAUUUAAUGUUAGGAAAGAAAAUGGAAAAACAACUGUAUAUCUACCAAAAAAAUUCAGUAAUAUAUUUGAUUUGAUCAAUCUUUCUAAUCUGUAAAUAAAUCUGUCCGGCCGAAAUAUUUCUCCAUUAGAUAUGUUUCAACUUUACUAUUGAUUUUGUUAAAAUGUAUAGCAUAGAUUUAUUUUUAGACAAAAAAUAUCAAUUAUUUCGUUGAUGCUUUGUUUCUUCUUCAGUUCAGCUUUUUCUGCUGAUCAUUAAAUAUUUUCCCUUUUUUAUCAAUUAAAAUUCACAAAGCACGAAAAAUGAAUCUACUUGGAAGAUACAUUAUUUCAUACUGUGAAAUAAAUUCCAAUAAAAAUCAAAUCAAAUGGGGUUCACUUUAUUUUACACUCGGCAGAAAAUCAAGCCAUAUUACCGUUAAUUGACUAAACAAGACAAUACAAGCAAACUUUUGAAAAAAUCUAAUAUUCUUCUAGCCGUUUCUCUUAACAUAUAGGUAGGCCUAACAAUGUAAUAUUUAUACUUUUAGAUAGGAUAUGAAAGAUUCUUGUACUUAAUAUAGACAGUGUGUGUUGUGAAGGAUUUUUGUACGUAUUUAUUUGUAUUUGUGAGUCUUAUUUCUAUUUGCAGGAAAUAAGUGGUCAUAUAAAAAAUAUUGUAUGCAAGACCACAUGCAUAAAGAGUCUUUUUUUACUCUUGUGGAUGCUGCCUUACGGCUUGUGCGCAAAACCAUCCCAAUUAUGAAAAAAGCGUGUUUUAUGCAUUAGGUGCACAAAUUACUUAUAACUUUUUCCUUUUUUUUUCCUAAAGUUUAGUAUCAACCGUAUCACAUUGUAUUUUUGUUCUGUCUAUUUGUCUAUUGUGUCGUUUGGAAAAAUAAAUUAUUCUUUUCUAUUUUAUCGUGUUUUGAGACAUUUUCACAAACAUUUUAGGACUAAACAAGUAUUCUGUCAUCAAUUCAGAUUUUAUUAUUCAUUUUGAGAAGGAUAUUAUAGAUAUGAAUAGGUUUAUUGAUAUAAGUAAUAGAAUCUUUAAUUUUUUUUAGGUGUAUCAAAGUACCCGAGUCGUUUUCCAGUGACGCACUUUAAGCACUCCUGAGCUGCUCUAGAGCGCCCCGAGCUGUUUAUAGGCGUUCCAGUGCGUCAGACUUUCGCGCAACUGAACUGUUCGUUUUUCCUCUCCCCUGCCCUCUCAAGCACCUGCAAUUUUAUGGGUGUAUCAAAAACAUCAAAACACGACACUUAAAGUAGGGUGUGUUCCAGUGAAACAUCAAUUGCUUGUCUUUAAGCACCUUAAAAUUCGUCACUGGAAAGCGGCUCAGGGUAUCAACAAUGUAUUUGUAAAUUUUAGAAGCCAUUAAGGCAUUGUUCUCUCUUCCAUACCCUUGUGGCAUAUAUUUUAAUUUUACUAUUAAAAUGCAACAUUCUGGAUCAAAAUAUAGACAUUGAAGACGUUUCACAAGAUUUGGUACUUUUAAUUUGUAUUCUAUACUUGAGCAGGUCAGGC